UGUUGAUGUCUUGACAUCCGCUCUAAAAAAAGUUUUAUUAAUGUUGACAUUAAUUUCGUCUUUUUCUUUAUGUUUCUUGUAACAUUCAUUUGAUCCUUUUGCUUAGUGUUAAAGUCACCUAUUUGUCGAGUAAUGGUAAAUGAAUGGAACUGAAAUGGACGACUGGAAUCAAGCCGGAAAUUUUAUGAAUAAACCUCAGCGAGGUUGGUUACAUCCAGAUCAAAAAAUUGCUGACAGUGGAAUUAGCUAUGGUGUCAGAUAUAUAGGCUGUUUAGAAGUAAAUACUUCGAUGAAGAGUUUGGAUUUUGACACAAGAUCCUUGAUAGCCAAGGAAUGUAUAAACAAGUUGUGUGAAGCUGCUGGUUUAAAAACGGCUGAUAAAAAGCGAAAGGUGGAUAAAAGAUUGCUGAAAAUGUUAUCCGAAAAACCAAAUAUGGACCAUGCAGGUUCAAAUGUCAAUUUGACUAUUACAAGUUCUCACUUAAAUUUAGUUACCAUGGAAACUGGAGAUGUGAUUGCUCGUCAUGAAAUGCCAAAAAUAUCAUUUGCAUCUGGAGGUGAUGCUGAUACCUUGGAUUUUGUAUCAUAUGUUGCGAAGGAUCAUCGUUAUGGACGUGCAUGCUUUGUUUUAGAAUGCGGUGGUGGGCUUGCUCAAGAUGUUAUUACAACUAUUGGGCAGGCUUUUGAACUCAGAUACAAGCAGUAUCUUAAACGAGUGCCUAGUAUCCGAAAUGAGACUGAAACUGCUCAGCAAGCUUCAUCUCAUAAUGGCAAUUUCGUCCCUUCUCGAGAUGAUCCUGAAUAUUAUAAUGAUCUGCCUGGUAAAGUUCCUCCUGAUGUAGUGGCCAGUGUUUUUCUGGACAAUGAGUCAAUCAGAUCAUCCAGUUUGGCCAGUCUUGCUAUGAAAGACAUUAAUUCGAAUUCACAGCCAUAUCCUGUUCCUUAUGCAACUACACCUUUGCAAAAAGAAUCUGACAGUUUAAUAGAUUUAACAUCUAGUUCUCCAAAUAUUGCUGUCUAUAGAAGGCCUGGUCCUGAGUAUGUGAAUACAACAGCUGUAAUUUCAAAUGAAAGACCAAUGGAUAAUUCUACAAAAGCCAAAACUGUCAAGCAUGAUAUUUUCGAUAUGCAACCAUUCAGUGCAAAUUUAGCAUCCUUGCAACCUGAAGAUAAUAGUGUUGAUUCAUUGUUAAACACUGCAAAUACGUUAAUUGCUGUUCCAAGCACCAUUCCAAAAAUUACCCCCAAAAUGGAAGCGGAGAAAGCUGCACUGUUGGAAGAGCCUUGGUUCCAUGGCACUAUAACUAGGCAAGAGAGUGAAGCUCUUGUAGUGAAAGAUGGGGACUUCUUAGUUCGUGAGUCAACUAGUACUCCUGGGCAGUAUGUAUUAACUGGCAUGCAAAGAUCUCAGAGAAAGCAUUUACUUUUGGUGGAUCCAGAAGGAGUAGUUAGGACCAAGGAUCAAGUAUUUGAUAGUAUUAGUCAUUUAAUUUCAUUUCAUAGAGACAACUGUUUGCCAAUCAUUUCUGCUGAGAGUGCCCUACUUUUAAGGUAUCCUGUUUGUAGAACGCUUUCUACCAGCAAGUCUGUACAAGUAUAAAAUACCAGAACUGCAUUCGUUUUUCAUUGCUUCUUGUUUUAUGUGCUUGUUUUUGUAUGAUUGUUUUUUAAAGAUUUUAAUAAACUGCCAUUGUUAUUUUUGUAAUCAUUUUAUUAAUCAUGACGC